ACGAAGUCCGACUGGGAAAAAUCGAUUUGAACGUUCAUCCAACUAGACUUUCCAACCUGAAGAUCACUGACGUCAUGAUUUGACCCCGUAUUUUUCCUAGUUGCCAGAUGUUUUGAACGCAGCACUAGCUAUUUAAACCAACUGUGUCGGUCAAUUUGGUGAAUGUCUUCAUGUCAUUUUUAUUAAUACAGAAUCUUAUUUCUUAUCAACCACUAACAUAACUGCAAUUUCAGCAGAAAGUGGGUCUUGAAUGUAUCAGUCAGAGAUACGUGAUUUCAUUAAAUUAGCGGGGGGGGUUUUUAGCAAAAGAAUGGUAUCUUCUCACCUGAAGUUGUAUGACGCCCUGAAAUCCCUGGCUGUAAAACCAUGUAAACAAUAUUUUUUCGGGAUAGCCAAGAGCUGGAUCACGAUAAGAUGAUAUACAGAUCUGUGAAUUUGUGCAGGCACGCGCAACUAAGAGGUUCUCGAAAGUUCAGUCGAUUUGAAGGGUCCAAAAUGGCGAUGGAUGGAAUGACCACAUCUCCAUCAGGACUAUCGUAUCACAAUGUUGGGGACUUUUACCCCAGAAAAUUCGGUUCCAAGCCGGACGUGGUGCCGUCCGGGGUGACCGAGAGGAAAGUUGGUCCCCUGGAUAAACCUGACAUGGUGGCGGUGGACGUUAUCAACGAUUCAGAUAUCCCAAUGCACAGAAAAAAGCAUGAAAGUGACAUGUUUGUGCUGGGUACUAUACACCCAUUCCGGAAGACGCACAGGUCCUUCUUUGGGAAACUCUCUCAAGAAUUCCGCUUGGUGACUUCAGACAGACAGUCAUGGAGAAUCCUGGUGUUCAGCAUGCUGAAUGUCUUCUGUACUGGUUGUCUGCUGAUGUGGUGCAGCUCCACCAACAGUAUGGCCUUAACAGCAUACACAUACCUCACCAUCUUCGAUCUCUUCAGUCUGAUCACCUGUCUGCUGAGUUCCUGGGUGGCCAUGAAGAAGCCUAGUCAGCUCUUCUCGUUUGGGUUUAAGCGACUGGAGGUCCUUGCUGUGUUUGCCUCCACGGUGCUGGUGCAGCUGGGCGCUCUGUUCAUCCUGAAGGAGAGUGUGGAGAGAUUCGUGGAGCAGCCUGAGGUGCACACGGGUCGUCUGUUGGUGGGGACCUUUGUAGCUCUGUUCUUCAACCUGCUAACUCUUCUCUCUGUGAAGAACAAGCCCUUUGUCUACGUCUCAGAAGCUGCCAGCACCAGUUGGCUCCAGGAGCAUGUCGCAGACCUAAGUCGAAGUUUGUGUGGGAUUAUCCCUGGCCUCAGCAGUGUCCUCCUGCCUCGAAUGAAUCCAUUUGUCUUAAUCAACGUGGCCGGAGCUCUCUCACUCAGCAUCACCUACAUGCUCAUAGAGAUCAAUAAUUACAAUGCUGUGGACACAGCCUCGGCGGUGGCCAUUGGCCUCAUGAUCUUUGGCACCAUGUAUCCUAUGAGCGUGUACAGCGGGAAGGUGCUCCUUCAGACCACUCCAUCCCAUGUCAUCGGUCAGCUUGACAAAUUGCUCAGAGAGGUCUCCACUCUGGAGGGGGUCCUGGAGGUCCGUAACGAGCACUUCUGGACGGUUGGCUUUGGCUCUCUGGCUGGCUCCGUCCAUGUCAGAAUACGCCGGGAUGCCAACGAGCAGAUGGUGCUGGCCCAUGUGACCAACCGCCUCUUCACCCUCGUGUCCACGCUGACGGUUCAGAUUUUCAAGGAUGACUGGAUCCGGCCUUCCCUCAUGGCCGAGGCGCUCCCAGCCAGCACACUCAGACCCUCUGACUACGGGGGCCUGUCUAGCUUUGUCCCCCCUCCCCCCAAACCCUCGGAGGACAUUAAUCGUCUCACCUCCACCCCGUUUAAACCCAGCAGCCCGCCGCCAGAGUUCUCCUUCAACACCCCUGGGAGGCAUGUCCACCCUGUGGUGCUCCCCAACACCCAGCCUCAAAGGCCUUACGGCAUGGGCCUCAGCUACGGAGCCUCCCCCUACACCAGCAUGCUCAACCAGGACCUAGCCCGGCCGGGGAUGGGGAUAGGGAUAGGGAUGAACCUGGGAAUGGGUGCAGGGAUGCCUUCGUCACAAGGUUUCAGAACUGCCUUAGGUGCAGCGCCACAGCGAUUUGGAAGCAUCCCUGUCCCAUCACAGUACAGCCAGUACAGACCCUGAUGUUUAGAACAUGAGGUAUAGAAGUGGGAUAUUAGAGAGAAAAUAUUAUGGUAUUUAUUUUUGAUGGAACCAGGACAUCCAUUCUGACCAUAGGUUGAUUUUCUAUCUUUGUAUAUUUUUUGUAUUAUUCUUCGAAAAGCUAAUGAGUUGGAAAUGAACUGUAGGCCUGUGUUCUUUCUUUGUAUACCAGUUCAAAUGAAAAGUUAUUCUGUUUGAGAAUUGUGGAAGAGCUCUAUUGCUUUUGUACCAUAAAUGUGUGCGUUAAACCAUGAAUUCACUUUCGUGCUCUUAGGACUUCAGUAUUUGAUUCAGUAACUGUUAUUCCCUUGGUUGAUGGCCAUCACAAGAUGGGAGUGAUAUUUUUAGGUAGAAAAAGUGACCUAAUGAAGGGAAAAUACAUAAUGGGGCAAUACAUACUCAUGUUUUGCCCCAUUAUCUUCUGUAUUAGAAGCAUCACUUUGAUACACUAUAAUGAUUCCUGAUGCUAACCUCAUUGUGAUGUAUGUAUUAUACCUUCUACUAUUUUAUGGAAACAAAUACGUACUGUAUCAUUUUCCAGUUCAGUAUAGUCUACAAUAAAUUAAAUGCAAACUCAUGUAAAAUCACUGUAAUUGCCCUAUUGUUUGUCACAUAUUUGAACUUUCCAGGUCAUGUCUAUGUUCGUUGAAAGACUCCAAUGAGUUUGGUGACUCAGUGGGAUGAGAAUUGUCAGCUGUCUGCAUUUUUAAAAAUGCAGUUAGGCCUACUUUAAUGUUCCAACAUAAUAUUCCAAUCGAAGCUUUAAGAUUAAAAAACACUUUCCAUGGGCUACCUGUUGAGAUGUUGAGGGUGAAUGGUGAAGAGUAUCAUAAAUAAAAUUGAAGCAUAUAGGAGAUGAUUGUCUGGCAUGUAAUAAACACAUUCCUCUUGAAUUUGUUUUUC